CCCAGUAGCGACCAUUCUUACAUGUUGACUCUUUGGUUAGUCUAUUGAAAUAUCGCGAUAGUCGCCUCCCUAAUCACUACGUAAUGUGCCGUGCUGCUUCUAGCGGCGCUGGUGACAGUGCUGAAAGCUGUUGGGUAUGAAGUGACACGGAACCUAAUUUUAUAACAUCCGCAACUGCUUCAAGUUCAGAUCAUAAAGAAGAAACUGAAGAUUAACCUCCCGCAACAAACAAAUUGCAACACACAAGUAAUGUGGAGCAAAAGGGAAAACUUCACGGGUUCUAAUACGCAAGAAGCAACCAAAUUUUGAAACGACCAAAGAAGACGCUCAUCAACCCAACUGAAACGCAGAAGAGAAGCAAUUCUAUACCCAAGUAUACUCUGAGACAUCAAGAACUGAUCUGAAAACAGAAGUUUGUGCCUACUCAACAGCUUUGACAAAGCACACGUCCCAACGCUGCUCCUAGCCCUUCUCAUCCUCACCACACCUCCGACUCACAGCCGGAGUGUGGAGUGGGCUGCUAUCUGCUAUAUAUUUUUUCUUUCUCAAUAUCCCCCACUGACCCUUCUUCCCACUGUUUUUUCUAAUAUUUUUUCCAAGCAGUGUUAUUGCACCUGCAUUGCCUUUUUUCUGCUGAAUCCCUCCCUUCCAAUGCUUUAUGCAACCAUCUAAAACUUGUGCCAGAAACGUGUAACGUGUGUGUGUUCAACUGUGUGCGUGAAGAGAUCUGCAAGAGCUGUACAGUAACAGAGUCAGAGACGUUAAAGGAAAAAAGUUCAAGCCUUGCAGGCAUCCAGUGGUGUAUCUUUGGGUGGUUACUUAAAAAAUAGUACUGAAUAGUUAAAAAAAGGAGGAAAAAAAGGAUCAAAUAGUCAAGUUCAGCAAGUACACAAGCAAGUUUGCUCCGAGUUUAUGGGAAAAUAUGGGCAGCCCCUGGAAAGGUUUUGUUGAGUUUACCAUGCCUGCGUCGCCACCCACCGCGUAUGUUAGUGCCGACCUGAGCAACACCACCCCUGUCGGACUCAGCCUGUCGCCAUAUGGCCGAUCUCACAUUCGAGUCCUAACUUCAGUGUCAGAAAUGGAAAGAGGCUCCUCUGAACCUCCAGUGGCUCGUAACACUGGCUCAGCCCCAUCUACCUCAAGUGGUCCCAUGCCCAUACCCCGCUCCUCUUCUGUCUCUUGCCACCCCCACUCAGGGAGUAAAAAACACAGGCGUGCUCCCUUGUAUCAGAGAUCAAUGAGUUUUGAUCCAGGCAUGCUUCAUAAUAACGGACACACACCAUACCCUAACGGCACAGGACCUGGCAUUCGAGAGACAGGAGUGGUGGAGAAGCUUCUGACCUCGUAUGGUUUUAUCCAGUGCUCUGAACGCCAUGAUCGACUAUUCUUCCACUGUUCCCAGUUCAAUGGCAACCUGCAGGAUCUCAAAAUAGGAGAUGAUGUGGAGUUUGAGGUGUCCUCUGACAGGCGCACUGGCAAGCCCAUAGCAGUGAAGCUGCUAAAGAUAAAGCCAGAGGUGCUGCCAGAGGAGCGCAUCUCAGGCCAGGUGGGGCCAGAACUGCACGCCUAUCCCGUUACUGUGCUGCAUGGUUAUAUUCAUCCAGUCGUCUCUGCAAUCCCACUGCACUUAGAUGGAAAGUCUGCUCCUGGUCAGGUCCCCACUGGCAGCGUUUGCUAUGAAAGAAAUGGGGAAGUGUUCUACCUGACCUAUACUCCUGACGAUAUUGAAGGAAACAUCCACCUUGACACAGGCGAUAAAGUCAGCUUUUACAUGGAGACUAACAAACACACUGGUGCUGUCAGUGCACGCAACAUUCAGCUUGUGAAGAAGAAGCAAAUGAGGUGUCAGGGUGUGGUUUGUGCUACAAAGGAGGCUUUUGGCUUUAUUGAGAGGGCUGAUGUGGUGAAGGAGAUCUUCUUUCACUACAGUGAAUUUAAGGGCGACCUUGAGGCACUGCAGGCUGGAGAUGAUGUCGAGUUUACUAUUAAAGAUAGAAAUGGAAAAGAAGUAGCCACAGAUGUAAGGCUGCUGCCACAAGGAACAGUCAUUUUCGAGGACAUCAGCAUUGAGCAGUUUGAAGGCACUGUUGUCAAGGUCAUCCCCAAGGUUCCCACCAAAAACCAGAACGACCCUCUCCCAGGACGCAUCUCUGCACGCAUAGGGUUCAAUGAUAAGGAACUUCCCUUUGGUGAGAAGGACACCAAAUCCAAAGUGACUCUUCUGGAGGGCGACCACAUUCAGUUCAACAUCUCCACUGACCGCAGAGACAAACUGGAGAGGGCCACAAACAUCGACAUUCUCCCGGACACCUUUAACUUCACCAAGGAGAAGCGUGAAAUGGGAGUGAUAGCAGCGAUCCGCGAUGGCUUUGGCUUCAUCAAGUGUGUUGAUCGUGAUGCAAGGAUGUUCUUUCACUUCAGUGAAGUGCUGGAGGAGACUCAGCUGCACAUUUCUGACGAAGUGGAGUUUACUGUUGUGCCUGAUAUGUUGUCUGCUCAGAGGAACCACGCUGUUCGCAUCAAGAAGCUUCCCAAGGGCACAGUGUCUUUUCAUACCCAGUCUGAGCAGCGCUUCAUUGGUGUGGUGGAGAAGGAGCUGGUUGGAGUCACCAAUAAGAAUGCCAGUCCCACCAAAGCCAAAGAAAAGGAUUUAGAAGAGGGAGUCAUUUCAUAUGAAGAUUGUGGUGAGAAGCUCACUGUGACGUAUCACACCAAGGACCUAGAGGGAGGCUGUCACCCACAGGUUGGAGACAAGGUGGAGUUCAUAAUAAGUGAGGUAAAGCGAACUGGCCUGCAGAGUGCAGUCUCCAUCAGGGUCCUCAACAGAAAUGCCUCCAAUUCCAAGAGACUGUAUGGAUUUGUUGCCACGCUGAAGGACAACUUUGGCUUCAUUGAAACUGCAAAUCAUGACCAAGAGAUUUUUUUUCACUACAGUGAAAUGUGUGGAGAUCUGGAUAGUUUGGAGCUGGGUGACACGGUGGAGUACAAUCUGUCCAAAGGAAAGGGAAACAAAGUCAGUGCAGAGAAGGUUACCAAAGUGGCUGCAGUCAAUGGUGUCGGUGAGGAGGUGAGCACAACAUUGAUGAUGGGGAAGGUCAUCCGUCCUUUACGCAGUGUCGAUCCUUCCCAGACAGAAUACCAAGGGCUUAUUGAAAUAACAGAAGAAGGUGGAACAAAAGGCCCAAGUUAUCCUUUUGGGAUCAUGGGAAUGGCAAACAAGAUUGAUUGUCUGCAAAAAGGAGAACUUGUGAAGUUCCAGACUUGCUUGAUUCCUCAAACUGGACAGAAGAUGGCAUGUAAUGUAGUUCCUCAGCGUAGAGCCUUGGUGGAGUGUGUCAAAGAUCAGUUUGGCUUCAUCACAUAUGAGGUGGGCGACAGCAAGAAGUUGUUCUUCCAUGUAAAAGAAGUACAUGAUAAUCUGGAACUGCAGACUGGGGAUGAGGUGGAGUUUUCAGUUGUCUUUAAUCAACGCACAGGAAAAUGUAGUGCCUGCAACGUACGCAGGGUCAGCGAGGGUCCCAAACCAGUGGUGACCCCUCGACCUGACCGUUUGGUGAACCGACUGAAGAGCAUCACUCUGGAUGAUGCCAGCGCUCCGCGUUUGGUCAUUGUGAGACAGCCUCGCGGUCCUGACAAUACAAAGGGCUUCAGUGUGGAGCGGAAGCUCCGUCAGCCGGGGGUCAUUGACUGAGCAGCAAAGAGCCCGUCCCACAUGUUGGCUGUUUUGAUGCGAUCCUGUCCCCCAGUGACAUAGAACAGGAGUUUAGGAAUUCAAUCCGACACAUGCUUGCACACACACACACACACACACACACACACACACAUACAUAAAAUAAUUGGCAUGUGUAACCUUUGUCCCAUCAGUACCUACGGGGGAACUCCUCAUUCCACUGUUCCCUGUCUCUCCCAUGUAUGACCUACCUGAUACGGAGUGCACACUGCUGUGUACAUGGGAUCUCUGAGUGUGUAUGUGUAUAAACGUUUGUCUGUGCGUGUGUCUGAAGUGAAUAAUGGAGACAUUUGUUUCCAGGCCUUGUCCCUCUAAAUCAGAGCUAUGACUGUGUCUGUCAACGUCCUGAUCUUUUGUCUUGAUUUUUUUUUUUUGUGUGUGUGUCUGGAAUUCUGCACCUGCAACCUGUAAUUUGUAGUCUGCCUGGGUGAGUGAGUGCAACUGUUGGCAUGACUCUAAGCUUCUGCACCCUGCCCCCCAUUGUUUUUUUUUGUUUGUUCUGUUUUUUAAUUAAAUCCCCCACCCCCAUAGUUGCCUGGAAACUGGAAAUGGUCUCAUUUAUCAGGUUUCCUUUUUUUUUUAUUUUAUUUUUCCAUAUGCUUUCCUAUGAAACCUAUAAAAGCAAAAGUUCCCUCCAUAAGGAGGAUCCUAUUUCUCAUAUACACAAGCUUAAACUGAUGGAUUCUUCUCUGCUCGUUUAUUUUGAGCAGUUUUUUUCUAAAAAAAAAAAAAAAAAGACAAAACAAAAACAAACAAAAAAAGCUUUGAUGAGCUGAAGUGAAAGCAUGGUUUGUGUGGUGUAUGUCAAAGUUCAUCUACUAGGAUUUUUUUUUUCUUUAGCACACUGGGAGCCUUCAAGUUACCUUUGUGGUAUUAACUUGCCCCAUGUAUGCAGUUAUUUUUCUGGGUGCAGAAUUCCUUCAGGCAUCUUUAUCUACACUUCUUUUAUACUGUUUUUUUUCUUUUGUUUGUUUUUGCACAGUUUUUUCUUUCAAACUCAAUCUGCUAAUAUUGAAUUAAGGUGCCUAAAAUACAAGCAAGUGAAAAUAAACAAUAACAAAAAAAGAGAACAUCAGAAAAAAUGAUGUAUUCUGAUUCCAGCCAACCACCAAAAUAUUUAGAACAAUCUUGGGCUGGCUGUGUUUUUUAGUAGGAGUAAUAAUAACU